UGCUGCCAGUCUGCGAGCUGGAGAGACACUCAGGCAACACAAGAAAAGUCCUCAAACUUUACCUCCUUUUGUUUUUAUUGAAUUUUUUUUAAUUUUUGCUCUUUCUUUUAACUCAUGGAUUCCAUCCCUGUGAAGAGCUCUGCGGUGCUCCUGGUCUGGUUCUUGACCUUCCUGGCCUCGGUCCAAGCCCACAACCUGCUGCUGCCAGGCUCCUGCAGCUUCGAGUCCAACACCUGUGGGUACACGUCAGACCCAGAGUUCACCAGCUGGACCCUGCACAAAGAUGGACACUUUGUCGCUGUAGAAGCAGCUGUGAACGAUGACCUGGAGGGCGGUUCGGGUUCGGGCCUGGAACCAAAGGGAGACGUUACGGGAGUUCUGCUGAGCCCGUCCCUGGAGCACGACGAGUGGAGCUGCCUGAGGCUCGUCUAUCAGAUCGUGGAGUCGGGGCGUCUGGAGAUCCUGAGGCGCACCGAAGGCCGGAGCUUCGACGAGCCGCUGUGGAGCAGCCAGGCGCCGUCCGACAGCUGGAUCACCGCCAGCGUGGACCUGCAGAACAACUCCGAGCCUUUCAGGAUGGUGGUGGAAGGGAAGCCUGGGCUGAGCGCGGGGAGCAGCGUGGCCGUCUUCGAGAUCCACAUCAGCCCAGGAUACUGCCUGGAGUGUGACUUUGAGGAGCCUCACCUGUGUGGCUACAACAACCUGUGGAACGUCAACGUGAACUGGUACGUAGGAGGAGGCGGGGUCCACCGGCUGCACAACCACAUGCCCAGUGACCACACCUACCAGAACAAGACCGGUCACUUCAUGUACGUGGACUCCAGCUUCACCAAGACCUUCAGGGAGGUGGCCAAGCUGGUGUCCCCCAUGACGACGGUGCCCAUGUCCGGGUGCCUGAGCUUCCAGUACCAACGCAGCGAGCAGAGGGGGAACCUGUUCUCCGUCUUCACCCGGGACCGCCUGGGCCAGUACCAGGAGCUGUGGAGGGCGGCAUCAGAGAGCCAGGAGGACUGGGRCACCACCCUCGGGGAGUGGAUACCUGUGCAGGUGGACCUGAAGGCGCCGUACUCAGUCCAGGUGAUCUUUGAAGUGACCUUCAACAGUCCCAGAGGCGGCCAUGUUGCUCUGGACGACAUUUCCUUCGCUCCAGAGUUUUGCAGCUCAGACACAGAGCCGACCUUUGACCCCWCCGUGGCCAGCUGUGAUUUUGAGUCCGGUCUCUGCCACUACACYCAGGACCGGGCCGACGGUUCGUCCUGGAGGAGAGUUUCUGUGAAGCCCAACAUUUUCAGGAAUGGAGACCACACCACUGGAGCAGGAUCCUUCCUGUUGGCUCACUCCCGCCUGGGCCCUCGCUCCGGAUACGUUAGCCGCUUGACGAGCCCGGCUCUGCCCGGGAACACCAAGUUCUGCCUGAGGUUUUACUUCUCCCUGAGGGGUUUCAACCAGACGGAGCAGGCCCUGGUGGUUUACCUGCUGCAGCAGGGCGGCAGGCAGGAGAAGAUCUGGACCCAGGCGGAGAGGUCCAGGGGGAUCUGGAUCGCGGCAGACGUCACCUUCCAGACAUCACAACCUGCCAAGAUGGUCUUCGUCAGCACCUGCAGGAGUUUCUGGGACUGUGGGUCCGUGGCGCUGGACGACAUCAGCCUCAACCUUGGAGACUGUGAGCUGACGGCAGGUCUGUCUCCUGUCCCGGGUCACUGUGAUUUUGAGUUUGGGUUCUGCGGGUACCACCAGGACAAACGGGGGGACGUUGGAGACUGGGACUGGAGGAGAGGACCCACCCCGACCUCCUACACGGGGCCCAGAGGGGACCACACCACGGGUCUGGGUCACUACCUGUACAUGGAGGCGUCGCCCAUGCUGCCGGGUCAGAAUGCCCGGCUGCUGAGCCGCCCCUUCAGGGGAACCAGGGGCCCCCAGUGCCUGCAGUUCUACUACCACCUGUACGGGUCCGGAUCGGGGACUCUGAGGGUCCUCGCCAGCAAGAACGGAGAGGACGAGUUGCUGUGGCAGCGGAGCGGCGAGCAGAGCGUGGCCUGGCUGAGGGCCCGGGUAGAGUACCGGAGCGAGGCUCGGCACCAGAUCGUGUUCGAGGCGGUCCGCGGGCCGUCGGUGAGGAGCGACGUCGCCAUCGAUGACAUCACCCUGAAGAGCGGACCCUGCCCAGAGACGGAGGUCCGAGCUGCCGUGGGAAACUCCAAUGAGAUCGAAUAAAUGAGGGAGAGGGAACAGCUGCAGCAGGAUGCAUCGACCCCCCACUUCCACACAGAUACUCAUUUUUUUGCACAUUAGACAAAUCGACGAGUCACUCAGACAUCUGCUGAGUCAUCAUUUCUCUGCUCCGUAGCAACAGAGGUUAAACCUUCACCUUUAUAUGCAUUAGAUUAAUGCUGCUUAAACAAACCGAGAACAUUAAAUAUUGCUUUUCUUUUGUCUUCACGCUAAAGCAAAACAAAAUAAGAAAAGUUUUAUAUUCAGAUUUAUUCCAACAGAAACGUGUACAGUUCAAAGAAAUAAACUAAACUAAAAUAGAA